UUUCUUCCCUGAACUGCCCAACACACUGAACAACAAAAACAAGUCCGCACUUGUUCUUGGGCUCUUGCUGUGUUGUGUUGUGUUGCUUGUUUCGUGCCGCACGCCGAGUUCAGUGGUGUUCGAAAUUAAAUUCAUCUAUAUUUUUCUCCAACUGGAAAACGCUGUUUGCAUAUUGCAGUGGCUAAGUGCAUCGUUGUCCGCAGAUCACAAAUGCACAUCUUUUUGUAGAUGGACGAUUCAGUGCUUUAAAGCCUCUGCCCUGAAGCGGCAGUUCCUUUGUUUUACGACCAAGUUUGGUCGGGCAAGGCUCAGCUACGUUGUAGUUGCUUGCCGCUGGGUCAGGUUACCCCCCUUUCGUUUGUCGUAAACGCUUUUAAUUCGUACUAAUUUACGAAAUGCUUGGUAUAGCAUCACGAUUCUCUGUGCUGAAGAUCGAGGGUGAAGACAAUCCACGUAACCCGAAUAAGAAGAAGGCAGAGAAAGUAGAUCUUAAAAAGCAGCCCAAUCAAAAUGGCAAGGCUACCUCCUCCAAGAAAAAGUCUGGUCCUAGUCCCCAAAACGGGCAGCAGACGGCGGGUGGUAGUUCUAAAAGCAAAAGUAAACCUCCCAAAGCUAAAGUUGUGACUGAUGCUCAGUGGGAGGAAUGGAAAAAAAAGGAUGCACAGUAUGUAGAUGAAAACUAUGCAGGAGAAUUACAGGAGGCUAUUCUCCAGUCUAAGUUAGAAUACGAGCAGAACAAAGACUUUUAUGAUCGUGUUCGGAAAGAAAGUGAGGCAGACAAAAAACUAGCAGCUGGUGGCAAAAAGAAGAAGAAGGCAAUGACUCUUGAAGAGUUUAAGAAUUUUCAAGAGAAUACGGGAAAUGAUAUUGAAGAAAAAGACUCACAUGUUGAAAAUGGGGCCACUGCUGUUGAAGAUCCUGAAUUUUUCAGUAGAAUAAAGUUAGAAGCAAAAGAAGUCAUUCAAAAAGAGGAAACCAAAAAGAAAAUUAAAGAACGGGAGCCUCUUUUGGAUGAAGCUAUUUCAAUUGCCCAGUAUCAAGUCAAAUUAGAAGAAAAAGACGCAGAAAUUGCUAGUUUAAGUGAAGAGCUUGCUCAAGUUAAAGCAAAUCUUACCAAAGUUAAAUCUCGCAACAAGCAGCUCUGCUCUAUUAUUGGCCAAUCAGAAGUACGAGAUAAGGCUGAAAUAUUAGUAGAAUUACAUAAGCUGCAAAGUGUGAAAGACGAGCUUACAGAGGAGGUGGCUAACCUCCACGUUCAGUUGGAACAAGAACGUUCCAAAGCCAACUCUCAUACAUCAACUGAUGGCAAAGGGAAAGGAGGAAAAAAGAGGACUGCAAGUGAGACACACAACUAAAAAUGGGGACUAAUGCAAAAGACUGUUGGACUGAUAGUGUGUUUCAAUCCAUACGAUAAGACUAAUCUCUUAUGGAAGAGAGUGUGCCACAAUUUAUAUUAUCAAAAUGUUUGUGAUGUUAUCUGGAAAAUAUUGACAGUAUUAUUUGUUACUUCAUCUCUUUUUUUAUAUAUAUAGAUAUAUGAGCACUAGCAUCAUUCCAUGUGGUAGCUCAAUGUGACAUAAUGUAAUUUCAUCUGCAAGUGUAUGUAUAUUAUGUAUGUGAAAAUUGUAUACCCUUUUACCGGUAUUUGAAAAUCAAAGGAUACAAUGUAUUUUGAAAAGAGGUAUCUUUCCUGGUGAUUAGUACAAGUUUCUUGGGUGAUUAAAAUAAACCAUAAUACACAGAAAAUA